CUAUGCUUGCGCUAUAGACCGGUCCCACGAUCGCUGGUGCUCAUUCACCUUUGCAAUAGGAGUGUGAAACCAAUCCACACAGAUUUCCUCCCUGAACAACACCCAAAUAAACGAAGCAUAGUCUCACCGGGAGGACAAAAGCAGAGGGACAAGAUGCAUUCCGCAUCUGCCCUCCGUCCACAUAUCAUGGAACACCUACGUCAUCCGCUCAAGAGCCUCUCGCGUUCCAACACUAGCGAAGAAGACGAAGAAAGCACUCUGCCAAAACGUGCCGAUACCUUCCCAGCAGCAGCGACAGCAACCAACGACAAUCAUGAACCUCACCACCAACAGCUACAAGAACAACGCACCGCGACUCCUCCAAUUCCGAUCGUCACCAAAGCGAAUACGACUCCCCUCGGACCCUCCCACUCUUCUCACUCUUCAACCACCUCCUCCGAAUCAACCGAAGAACCUACCACCAAACCUUCUCGAGCCCAAACCCUUCCCACCUCAGCGACUUCAGCCCCAACUUCCGCCGCCACGACGAACAAGAACAACAACGGCGACACAACAAAGCGCCAAGUCAAGCACUCCCCCGAAUCAUUCUACGCCGCAAUCCACGAGGGCAACAGCAAUCGCACCACACUCGCAGGUGCAGGGAAGCGUCGGGAACGGAGGGCAUCGAAGACGUCCAUUGUGGAUUCGGCGAGUUUGUUGGGGGUCUGAUGAGAAAGGGUUGGAGUUGUGUGUGUAUGUAUGGUUUGGUCCGUUGGGGAAUGGAACGGAGUAUAUUUCUGAAUGAAAUGGACUGGUAGAGAGUGAUUGGAGGAGGUAUUUGCGUCGUGAUGGUAAGUAAGCAUGUAUGUAUGAUUCGAGCAUUGGUGUCCACGGCGUAAUUGAUGAUUGCAUGUGAUAAUUUCCAUAUUUUCUGAGUCUGCUCAUCUCGUAUUUGUCGUCCCCUGUGGAGCAGGGAACGCACUUCCAGUGCUUCUCUCGCCGAAUGAGAUAGGGGAGAGCAGUACAAGGAAAACACAACUCUGAGCACAGAGGGACAAGAUGGGCUUUCAAAUCCAUUUGGGAGG